AUGGCAGAAGCUGCUGCUGACCUGAGCACAGGAGAAAAUCUGGAGCAAAAGAUCCUACAGGUGCUGAGUGAAGCCAGGAGCCCUGUGAAGAUUGCCCAGCUGGUAAAGAAGUGCCACGUGCCCAAGAAAACACUCAACAAAGUCCUUUACCACCUGAAGGAGGAGGGCAAAGUAUCCUUAGCAGCCCCUGCAACAUGGUGCUUAGGGAGGGAUGCUCCUGGAGAUGAGGUUCCUGCAGUCCCUGAAGACCCCACUGCCCAUCCUAGCCUCGAUGAAAGAGUCUUCAGAUUCCUCGAGGACAAUGGGCCUCAAAAGGCCUUGCAUAUCGCCAAGGCUCUGGGAAUGAAGACGGCCAAAGAGGUGAACCCACACCUGUACAAGAUGAGGGAUAGGCACCUUCUGAGCUACGACGGGCAGACAUGGAUGAUUUAUGGCCCAAGUCAGAAAAGUCAAGAACUAGCUCGUUCUGGAGUGAGACAAGAGUCCACUGCAAUUAUUUACCAGCAGAAUCCAGUCAACAUGAUCUGCCAGCAGGGAACCAACAACCACAUCUCCAUCGCCAAUUCAGAAGCCAUCCAGAUUGGGCAUGGGAAUGCCAUGCUAAGACAGAUAGACUGUGAUCAAAGGGGUCCCAGGCCCUACCAUCCUCUCCCUCUACCUGUAUCAGAGGACCCCUCUUCUCAGGACCCCCGACCUGGUGCCUGGGGAGAUCAGCACAUCCACAUGGAGAAGUCCAUGCUCCGACGUGUGCAGCUGGGCCACGGCAAUGAAAUGAGUGUCCUGAGGGAGCCAGUGGAACACCCUGCUUAUAGCUUUACUGGCAGCCCCCCAGUCUCAGCCACCACUGCUGACCCAGGAACUUCAUUCACCAUGCAAACACCUGAGCCAGGUGCUCACCCUGAGGGGAACACAGCCCAGAGAGUCCACAUCAAAUCCUGCCUGCUGGAGGAUGCCACCAUCGGCAACAGCAACAAGAUGACCAUCCACACUAGGUCAGAAGGUGGAGUCACAGAGUCUGGAGACAGCAAAGAGCUGAAAGGAGACACAGACUCAAGUUCCAAAGCCAUGCCACGUGGAAGCUGCUCCCACACCUCCAGCAACUCCAUGCUGCUCACCUCUGAGCUGGGAACUAUGACUCUGGGAGGCAGUGGCCCCGAGACCACAGGAACUGUGCUUAGGGCAGAUGGAAUCUCCGACACAGGGAGCUGCCAGACUCAGGAGUGACGUGAGAAGAGACAGGUGGAGAAGGCACAGGCAAGCAGCCUUGGUGGGCUUCUUGUGGCUGCACACAGGGCUUGGACUAGACUUUUUUGUGAUUUGGAUGUGAUGUAUUGACAGGUAUUGACAGCUUGGUCCCAGACUGAGACUGACCAUUAUGAAGUGACAGGAUCCUGAGGGCCCUGAGAUCAUCCAUACACUGGUCUCUAGAAGGAUUUGCUGUCUGAUGACAUUAUUGGGAGUAGAGACUUUGGGAGGAUGAAGGAAAGGAGUCCCUGAAGACAUCAGGGUCUCAUAUAGUCCAGACUGGCUUUGAGUCACUAUGUAGCUAAGGGUGACCUUGAACUUCUAAUCUGCUCACCUCCACUUUCUGAGCACUGGGAUAAUGGGUGGGUACCACCACAUCCAGUUUAUGAGAAGCUAAGGAUGGAAGUUCAUGCAUGUACACAAGUGCUCUACCCACGAAGCCACAGCCCCAGCCUUGGCCAUGCCCCUUCCUCUCUCUCUCUAUCCAUUUCUUCUUCCUCCCUGCCCUGAGGUAAGCGCCCCUCCUCUGCCUUGCCACAGACCAGAAAGCAAUGGAGCCUUGGGACCGUGGGCUGACACCAUUGCCACCAUGAACCAAACCAACCUUUCCUGCCUCAAGAUCAAUCAAUCAAUCAUGUGAGCCAGCUCUACCACUUCUGAGUGUUCACCACAAGGGACAAGUCAACAUAGCACACAGAUAUCUGCACAUCUCUGUUGACUGUGCUCUGUUCACAGAAGUUGAGAAAUGAAACCAACCUUGCUGUCCAUCAAUAGAGGAUGGGUAGAGGAAAUUCGGAGUAUUCACAUAGUCACAUAAAAAAAUGAGAGAAUGUGUCAUGUG